UUGACAUUUCAAUGAAAAUUCAGCAACUCAAACGACUUUUGAAUAGAAUAAGUAGUGUGAUAAAGUGGUGUAGCGUUUUCACGGAGAUAUUUUGUACUCAAAGCGAGUGUGGAAACGAUUUUCUGUUAUUUUUUGGGUUUUAUAAAAAUUAAUAUGAAAAUUGUUGCGUGCAAGCGAAUUAUCAAACAAGCUAAGAAUGUGGUAAAAUAGGCUUACUACUGGAGUUCACCAUCAACCAAAAACGCUGCGUACGUGUCGGAACAGCUGGUUCUUAAACUACCAUGCAGAGAUUUUCAUCGUUUGCCUCCAUAGUUAACGCAAACGUAAUUCUAAUUAGCCGAAAAUCUAUUGAAUAUUAAUCUACAGUUCGUGCGCUCAAUAUGGCUGAUUUGUAGGCGUACAACUUUAUUUGUGUGCUGCUAUUUACUACAAAAUAUAUAUAUAUUGCUGCGUUAAUAUCACUAAAAUUUGUCGUAUAUGCACUGAGUGCGCUCAUCAUUCACUUUUUAUUGACACUCUGCUCCGCUUGCAGUUACUAGCUACAGGCACAGCUGACAGUGUGUUAACAUAAACGCAUCUGCCUCAACAUGGCUACGGGUGAAGUAGCUGACUCCAUAGAGCUGGAAGCGGUUAAUCGGCAAUCAUCUUCGUCCACAUCGGCGCCUGCAGCAGGUGAUCUGACUAAAGUUACUACGUCAACGACAUCGAAGCCAAUAACACCGCCGCCGUCGCCGUCGCCGCAGACGCUCGUCAAUACCGUUACCAUAGCGCCACUUGUGACUACCGACAAAAAUUUGUCCGCUGACGAAACUUUGACACAAUUAAAAGAUGUCCACCAGAGCACAAAUGCGGUGAAUAGUAUUUUAACGGCUAUGCCUUCGACAUCGCGCAGCAUUUACAGCGAAGCAGCAGCGGCGCAUGGUGGUAGUGAGUCGGCGCGCCUGAUGCAGGCUGAAAUGGCAGUGAAUGCAGCACAGCAGCAGCAGCGUCUGCGCAGCGCCAGUUCGACGCUGGAUGCCAGUGUCUCGCGUACGGCGUCUUCGGUGGGCAAGCAUGAGAAGAAAAUUGGCCAUCGGCGCGUUGACGAAGGUGGCGAAGUGACAUACAAACGCAUUCAAUCCAAACAAAUAAUGGGCUCCAUACAGCUGGGCAUUCAGCAUACGGUGGGCAGUUUGGCUAGCAAACCUAAGCGCGAUUUGCUCAUGAAAGAUUUCUGGGAAAUGGAAACGAUUGCAUUUCCACCGGAUGGCUCAUCGAUUACACCGGCGCAUCAUUAUAGUGAAUUUCGUUUCAAAGUUUACGCUCCAAUUGCAUUUCGUUAUUUUCGCGAUUUGUUUGGCAUUGCACCCGACGAUUUCCUCAUGUCGAUGUGUGCAUCACCAUUGCGUCAACUUUCCAAUCCCGGCGCAUCUGGCUCGAUUUUCUACUUGACCGACGAUGAUGAGUUCAUAAUAAAGACAGUGCAAAAGAAAGAAUGCGAGUUCUUGCAGAAGCUGUUGCCGGGCUACUACAUGAAUUUAUCCCAAAAUCCUCGCACUUUACUGCCAAAAUUCUUCGGACUGUAUUGUUUUCAUUACAAUGCAAAAAAUGUACGUCUGGUGGCGAUGAACAAUCUGCUGCCAUCCGAUAUUAAGAUGCACGCCAAGUACGAUCUGAAAGGCUCCACCUUUCGCCGGAAAGCGUCCAAAGCUGAACGCCAAAAAGCCAGCCCCACCUACAAGGAUUUAGACUUCAUGGAUCACCAUCCGAAUGGUAUAUUUCUUGAAACGGACAAAUAUAAUGCGCUGAUCAAGACAAUCCAGCGAGACUGCAUGGUGUUGGAAAGUUUUCAGAUAAUGGACUACUCUCUGCUAGUAGGCAUACACAAUCUGGACUUGGCGCAGAAGGAGAAACGUGAGGAACGUAUACGGAAUGCGCGCGCAAAGCUGCAACGUUCCGAAGAAGUACGCGAGUCUCAGGAACCACCCGAAUUCGAGCAGUCGAUGAACGCUGGCUCAACCACAGCACUGCAAUCAGCAGGCGCCGCACUGAAUCGCUCGCGCAGCAUGAAUCGUCAGCGACUGGUGGCGCAUUCGACCGCACUGGAAUCGAUUACCGCCGACAUGGAUAUACCCAUGGAAGAGGACGAAGAUGUGCCGGCCGGCGGCAUACCGGCGCGUUCCGAAAACGAUGAACGUCUAAUAUUGUACAUUGGCAUAAUCGAUAUAUUGCAAUCGUAUCGCUUGGAGAAGAAGCUCGAACACACAUUCAAGAGCAUCAUCUACAAUGGUGACACUGUAUCGGUGUGUCGGCCAUCUUUCUAUGCGCAGCGCUUCCAAAAUUUCAUGGGAAAAACUGUGUUCAAAAAGACGCCAACCUUUCCGCUGAAACAUUCCCCGUCGAAGCGAAAGAGCUCGACAACGUUGCGCACACCACAGCGCACGCCAUCACAGAAUUUAGCCUCGCACACACGUCCGCCCCUGUUGUCUGGCUACUCGACGCCACCACCUGCCUUCGAUGACAUCUCCGAAGAGGACAUUACCGCCACACCAUCCACCACGAGCGCCAUGUAUCGCAGCUCGGCCUUGAGUGGCGAACAACGAGCACAUUUAGCGCCACAACGCUCCUAUCUGAGUUCGAAUCGCAGCGCAAUUAGUAGCGCCACCGAUGACUACAGCGACGAUGAUGAGAUAACGUCCAGUAGUGGUGGUGCACGCUCGCCAACGCGUCGAGCACGCUCGCCACGACUCUCCAAGAGCGAUGUGCAGUUGACAACCAUCGGCGGUGUGGCAGAUGCGCCCGCGAACGUAUACGACAAUGGCGACAAAAGUGGCAGCUUGGUCAAUAGUAAGAUGGGCGUAUUGGUGAGUAGCAGCGAGGAGAUCAAUGCAAAUGGCACGCGAAAAACGACUGUCGUUAAGGCGGUACAAUCACAAACCUACACAACCACAUUGGUGCUGAACGAUGUGAGAUGAAGUGGACGCACCCGGCCGAGCGCUAUAGGCGGCGGAAGUGUGAAAAGCUGGCGCGCGGGAUGUGGUUAUAAAAAUACGCAUAAGUAUGUGAAAAGUUGAACGAACAGGCAGUUAGUUGGCACAAUUAGUUGUAUUCGUAUUAACAAAAAAAGUCAACGCAUUAAAAGCAAAAGGGAAAGCCUAUGCCAUUUGUAUACAAAGUGCGCUUAUUACUACUUUAUAUAUUCGCUUAUUUAUUAGAAUUAAUGAUAGCUAAUAAACAGAACGCGCUCACUAAGGAGUAGCUGCACAUUGGACCACGCGCAUUUUUUUUUGAUGUUUUUCAUUUUUUUUUUUUUUUGCCAAUUCAUGUAAAGCGUGCGGCUUUUGUUGGGGGGACUUAAUGAUAUGCAGUUUGCCGAGACGUAUUGGUUGGUGUGAUGCAACGAAAGUAUUGAUGUGGCUUGGCCACUGCUUUAAAAAUAAAGAAUUUUAAUUUAAAGGUUACAUGGGUUUUGUGGCUUUAAAAAAUCGAUUUUUUUUUGGCUUAUUAAUUUCUACAACAUCUCAAGAAUAUUAUCCUAAAUUUUCAAGUCGAUGUGAAUAAUAGUUUCGGAGAUACAGCCUUUGGAAUGUGUGCGCUCCAAGCCACUUUUAUUGUUACUCAAAACUUUAAACGCGUUUUUCUCGGAACCGCGUUUUCAAAGUCGGUUGUCAAAUUUUCUCGAAAACUACUCAACCGAUCUUGAUGAAAUUUUACACAGCUGUUCGAGAUACGAUUUACUCGUGCUUGAACGAAGGAUUUUUUUUUCAAUUACAACAAUUUAAAAAUAAACAAAAUGUCAAGCAAAUUUUACCGAAAUUCUCAUUUUUUUGGAAAAAUGUCUGCCAAAAUUCCAAUCUUUACUUUUAUUUUCUUUCCUUCGUUCAAGCACGAGUUCAUGGUCUUAACUAAAGCACUUACACGUCACAAUGGAGGAGUUUAAAUUUUUUUUUUUUUUUGAAAAUUUCAGAAAUUAUUCUUUAACACGUUCACGCCGGCGCGUACCACCGGUGGCUCGCACAAGUCUGCUUCAUGGGGCGGCGCGUACCAUCGGUGGCCCGCACAAGAUUGCGUCUUUAGGCAGCGCGUACCACCAAUGGUACUUUAUUAAACGGUACCUAUGAGAUGAGAUGCUAUAAACGACUACCCUUAUGAAAAAAUUUCGUUUUAUGACCUGCAAUCGCUUCCGAUAGAGCGAAAAGACUUAAACAUUGCCGUCUGUGGGCGAAGACCAUGAAUAACAGCGCCGGCGGGAACGUGUUAAAUAUGUAUCUAUAAGACAGAAGAAAGUUUGAAUUAAAUAAAAAAUUUUUUAUACAGAAAAAAAAUAUUGAAAAUAGGCCUUUUUUUACCCGACGAAACCCAUGUAACCCCUUAACACUGUAAACUUUUUGUUUGCUUGAGUAUUAAUUUGCAAUUCUGCUUUAUUUAGUUUAUAAUUUUACUUAAAGCUAUCAUUUAUAAUUAUUUAAAAGUUCCCUGUUUUGUUGAACCUCUUUAUUUAAUUGACCGAACCGAUUGUGCGAACCGACUCUAUUAAUUAUUGUUCUAUUUUUGGGAGAAAGUCGAAAAUUGCUGAAAAGUGUAGUUAAACUGUGAGUAAAAAACUGUGCAAAGUUUGCAGUGAUAUACAAAAAACAAAAAAAAAAUUAAAAAAAAAAACAAGAGAAAAAAACAAAAAAAAAAAAAACAAGAGAAAAAAAACGAUAGGGUAGUUUGUUAAAAAUUAACUGCUGAUAUUAUAAAUAAAUUAAAAAUUAAAUUUAACUUUUAUCGGCAUAAUUAUUUAUAAAUGCGUGUGAGUAUGCUAGCUUUACAAUACACACACACACACAGAAGCACACACACACACACGUAUCCUACUGAUUGUAAAAAUAUUAAGAGUCUACUAUAAACAUAGUAUUAAAUAGCAAAUCAAAAUAAGCAACAAUCAACAUUUAUCGAUAUAUUUUUAUGUACCUACAUAUACAACAAAUAAAACAAACUCUAAUAAAUGAA